AUGGCAACAGAAGAACUGGUAUCCCUAACCAAAACCCUAUCCUGCUACGCCCCCAACGCAAAAGAAGCCCAGUUCAUGUAUAAGGAAAUAUUCGAAGAUCACUGCUACGAGAUUCCGAAUCUCCUUCCAGAGCCUUCAUUCUCCUCUACAGAGUCACCGUCUUCAGAACCAGAAACGAGAUCCCCGUUCAUUAUCGACGCCGGUGCAAACAUUGGCCUGUUCACUCUGUACAUGAAACAGAAAUACCGAUCCUCUAAGAUCCUCGCCUUUGAGCCUGCGCCACAGCUCUAUGAGCUUUUAUGUCGGAAUCUUGCCCUGAACAAUAUCCCCCUUGCCGGUGGCGCUGCCGACAAUAAUGCAAAAUUAACAAUCUAUCCAACUCUACCGAGUAAUUCAACUCUAAAACCAAAAGAGAAGAUCCAUUUACACGCUGAAGCUACAAAAAUAUAUGGUCAGAAGCUCGCGGAUCACUGGUUUGGAGGCUCGUAUGAGGUGGAUGUGAAAUUGCAACGACUGUCGGAGUUUCUAAACAAUAACAGCCAUGUUAGAAGCGCAAACACUAUUGAUCUACUCAAAAUUGACGUUGAAGGGGCAGAACUCGAUGUCCUGAGAGGUUUAGAUGAUCAUCAUUGGGCUCUCGUACGGAAUAUUGUCCUGGAGACGAUGGAGAAGUCUUGUAUCCGCGGAGAAAUUGAGCAGUUGUUGAAGGAGAAGGGGUUUCAGAUCACGGUCGAAGGGGUGCCGUGGGCGCCGGAGAAAUUCUAUACAAUCAAGGCAUGUCGAGAGGCGUUCAUAUAGCAGGCAAAAGAACCCUGAAGAGUAUGUAGGCAAGGGUCGAUAUAUCGAUAGGGUUAGGGCUUAACCCGCAUCAACCCAAAUUCUCAACCCAUGACUUUACCUUGUGC